UUUCUUCAUCCUCCUCCUCCUUCACCUCCGAUCACCACAGCCCCACCAACUCCAUUACCAUUACCAUCUCUCUCUCUCUCUCUCUCUCUCUCUCUCUCUCUCUCUCUCUCUCUCUCUCUCUCCUUUGUUGAAACCCUAGACCCCUUACAAAGUGAUUCGUACUCACAUUGUUCUCAAAACCCUAAUAAGUUUUGAGGGCUCCAUCUCCAUUCCAUUUUUUUUGAUUCCUGGGAAUGGUUGGAUUAGGGUUUCGGACCAUUUUGGGCCGGGGCAUGAACCCGACCAUUUACUAUCUCUUUGGUUUCUUACUCGUGGGAAGUUGAAGUUGGGUCCCACUCCCACUCUACCAGGUGUCGACUUUGCAUCUUUCAAGUUAACGUGAACAAAAGGCUGUUGACUCGAAAGGAUGAGCUCAAGUAGAGUGGGAGGUGAGGCAAUGGGCGGGCACGGAACAGCGCUCGAUGAGGAAAAUAAGAGAGUCAGAUGCAAGUACUGUGAAAAGGUUGUUGGCGGCUUCAACCGUCUCAAGCAUCACUUGGGUGGCGUUGGAAGUGAUGUCGUAGAAUGCAGUGAAGUCCCUGCUGAUAUCAAGGAACAUAUGAGGAAUUCUCUUCUUGAGAAGAAGAAAGAAAGAUUGGUUAGGCAAGUCGGAAUUUUGGACCACCCGGAACUUCCCCUGAAGAGGAGCUUUUGCCAACUCAAGCCAACUCAAGAGAGCCCUAUGGAGAAAGGAAAGAGAGCUGGAGAAACUGUUGAAGGGGAUUAUGUAAAUGGGAAGAGCAGUCCUCAUCUUACUCCCCCAAGGCAAACUUCAACAAAUGAAGGGAACAACAUGAAGUUUGAAUCCACAUUUCUAAGUGGACAUAUCCCUUCAUCACUCAUGAUGGAAGAAGAUGUCAAGCCGGUCAUAAAGGAAGAAGUGAGAAACGAAUCAGAAUUACUUGUAGCGAGAUCUGUAGGUGGGUUCUUCUUCGAGGCUGGAAUCAAUCUCAAUAUGGUCAGUUUACCAUCUUUCAAGAAAAUGAUCGAUGUUGUGAUUGCAUGCGGUGCUGGUCUUAAACUUCCAACAGAGAACGAUCUUAAGGGGUGGAUUCUCCAACAAGAAUUGAGAGAAGUUCUUGCAUAUGUGCAGGAUGUGAAGCAGUUAUGGGUACAUACUGGGUGCAGCAUAUUGCUUGACAGUUGGACCAAUGAAAGGGGCAGAAGCCUGAUUAGUUUUCUCGUGCAUUGUCCGCAUGGGACAGUAUUCUUGAAAUCCAUGGAUGCAACUCGUGUUAUGUGUGAUAGCGAUGCGUUAUUUUUAGUUCUUUGUAAUGUAAUCGAGGAGGUUGGUGUUCAAAAUGUAGUUCAGGUGAUCUUUCACAAUGCGUCAUCCUACAUGCAGUCCGCAGGGCAGAAGGUGGUUGAGAAAUAUCGAUCUAUUUCCUGCAACUUAUGUGCAGAUUACUGCAUUAAUGACAUAUUGGAAAGAAUAGCAAAGAUGGAUCACGUGAGCAGAGUGCUAACUGAGGCUAAGACCAUAACAAGCUUUAUUUAUGGUAACGAGCUUGCUUUGGAGCUUAUGAAGAAGCACAUUCGAGGUGGAGAGCUUGUCAGGGCUUCCAAAUUGAAGUCACUUGCACAGUUUGUCACAUUGGAAAAUAUUGUGUCUGAGAGAGAAAAUCUGAUUACUAUGUUCCGCUCAACGAAAUGGAUUGCUUCUAUCUGUGCAUCUAGAGAUAAGGGCAAACGCGUAGUUGAAAAGUUGGAAAACACCUCAUUUUGGAUUGCUGCAGCUGACAUCUUAAAGGUCACAAAUCCGCUGAUAAGUGUUUUGCAUCAGAUCUGUGAAAGUGAUAACGCUCCUAUGGGAUUCUUGUAUGAUGCUAUGGAUCACUCAAAAGAAAAGAUAAAACAAAAUUUUGGGGGCGAAGAAACGAGAUAUUUGCCAUUUUGGGAUAUAAUCGACAAUGUAUGGGACAACUUUCUUUAUAGUACUAUUCAUUCUGCCGCGUACUAUUUGAAUCCUUCUCUCUUCUACUCCGACGGAUUCUAUGUUGAUGCUGAGGUUACUACUGGGCUUCUUGACUGCAUAGCGCGUAUGGCUAAGGACCACUAUGUGAUAGCUAGACAACUUGAAGCAUACAGAACACCUGCGGGAUGUUUUGCUGAGCCGAUGGCUGUUGAUCAAAGAACAAGUGUUCCACCAGCACUAUGGUGGUCCCUUUAUGGGGGCCAAGCACCUGAAUUAACCGACAUUGCGGUUAGGAUCUUGAGUCAAACAUGUUGCUGUGCCUUAAGAUACAAGCUAGGGAGGGGCUUAUCAGAGCAGCUGCAUGCAGAAGGGAACUGUCUCGAGCAACAGCUAUUCCGUGAGAUGGAGUUUGUCCAUAACAAUCGCUAUCUUUGGAAGUGUGCAUCCGGCAUGGAAGAGACGGGAUUUAUUUGCGAAGAGAACCUCAACCUACUGAAGGACUGGAUCAUAGAGGACAAUGACAAAAGACUCGGUACAGAAGAGGGAAAGACCUGAUCAACUUUUAAUGCCGACAACUUUGUGGAGAUAUCUUAUUGCUCAUUAAAGUUCUUGGGAUGGUAAAAGAAACUCCUUAAAAACAUGUAUAAAGUUUAAACUUAUCUACCAGCAAACUUUGUGUAGCCGAUGGCGGCAAAACUGCUGUACAUUGUUUGUUUUGCAUUUGCUCUGGUGUUGUGGUAGGAUGACUGCAAAAGUUAAUUAUGCUUUGUUUGUUACUCUUAUAACUGGAGGUGUUCUCAAUGUUUAAUCCAUGCAGGUUUCUGUUUGUUUUGUU